AUGGGUUCGACGACCAAACCGCGCGGCGUCGCGCUCGCGGCGACGCUCAUCUUCUUCGCCCUCCUGUUCGUCGCCGGCGCUUCCGUUAAGCUGCAUCGCUCUGAGCGCCGUACGUCGGCCGCUGCCGGCGACGAGAUCGGAUGUCUUCUCGCGCGCAAGAUGCUGCGCGUCAAGGCGCGGACGGGGGAGGCUAGCGUGACCAUGGCGCGGCAAGAUGAUGAUCAGCGUCGGAGCAGCCGCACGGCCGACGCCGUGGCGCCGACGACGUCCAGCGGGGGUCCUCUUCCGGCCGGCAUUGUGCAUGGCACGUCCAACCUCGAGAUGGAGCCGAUGGUCGGCGACGUCCCCGAGAAGCGCGGCGGUGGGGCGAGGGCGAGCAAGAAGAGCCUCCUGGCCGUCCCCGUUGGGAUCAAGAACAAGGCCCCCGUGGACAAGCUGGUGUCCAAGUUCCCCGCCGAGGAGUUCGCCGUGAUGCUGUUCCACUACGACGGCGCCGUGGAGCAGUGGAGCGACGUGGAGUGGCACGGCCGCGCGGUGCACGUGGCGGCGCCCGGCCAGACCAAGUGGUGGUUCGCCAAGCGGUUCCUGCACCCGGACGUGGUGGCUGAGUACGACUACGUCUUCCUCUGGGACGAGGACGUCGAGGUGGACGCCUUCGACCCGCUCCGCUACCUCGCCGUCGUCAGGCGGGAAGGCCUCGAGGUCUCGCAGCCGGCGCUGGGGCGCGGCUCGGAGAUCCACCACGGCAUCACCGUCCGGUCGGCGGCCGGCGGCGGCGUGCACCGGCGGUUCUACAGGCCGUCCGGGCCGCGGUGCGACGGCGAGAGCACGGCGCCGCCGUGCACCGGGUGGGUGGAGAUGAUGGUGCCCGUGUUCUCCCGCGCGGCGUGGCGGUGCGCGUGGGGCAUGGUGCAGAACGACCUCGUCCACGCGUGGGGCCUCGACUACAAGCUCGGCUACUGCGCCGGCGGAGACCGGACGCUCAAGGUCGGCGUCGUCGACAGCGAGUACGUCUUCCACCGUGGCGUCCCCACCCUCGGCGGCGGCGGUGGCUCCGCCGCCUCCGCCUUCCGGGCGGCGGUGAGGCGGCGCUCGUACGCCGAGAUGCAGAUAUUCAACCGGAGGUGGAAGCAGGCCGUCGCCGAGGACGCCUCGUGGACCGACCCUUACCCCGAGCAUUGACCACCGUUGACUUGACCGUCGACAUAUAGUUAGGGCUUGAUGACGUAAUUAUGCUUCAGAUAGAUAGGGUAGUUUGCACUUAUGAACGUUUAUAUGCAUUAUGUAUGUACUGAUGACGGCCAAAUUAGAGGAUGAUUAAUGAAUUGCUGAUGACUAAUUUUUGUAAUACGUACU